ACUAACAACAAAAAAAAAACAACCAAAUAAAAUCCACAAAAAAAUAUUAGGCAAAAGUUUAAGGAUUGACGAGGACGUAGACGAAGAAGGCGGAGGAGCACCAAACACGACCUGCUUGAGAGAGAAAUAUUCCUGGGGAAUACCGGCCUACAAGGACCACCGUUGUCCUUCCUGUCAGUCAGUCAGUACGUCCCCAAGCACUUUUUUAUAUCUUUUUGUAUAUGUGUGUGAGUGUGAGAGUGAGAUCGGCGAUCGCAAAGAUAUAAAUGUAUCCCAAAAGAACCGGCUCUUAGAGAUCACUUUACUUUGAUAAGCUCAAGCUGAGGUUAGGAUCUGAAGCUCAAGUUAGAUCCUAGAAAAGGUAUAGGCAAAUAUAAUAAAUGUCAAUCAACCAAUUCAGAGCGUAUUAACACAAAAGUCUGCUGGCAGCAAUCAACUUUAAGCCAAAAUUAUAAAAAAAUCUCAAACAAAAUUGUUAAACAAGAAAUUGCAUACAACUAUCAUCACAAUUUUCCAAUGUUUUAAUUCUUGUGUUGUUGACUGAUGCAAAGAUAAAAGACCAAAUUCGUUAAGGAAAAGCAAUUCUCCCACACAAACAAAGUAUAGUAAAAUAAAAAUAAACAAGUAUAAAGUAACUAAUUUUUAUUCAAACAUAAAUUUGAUUUUGGUAAAUGUGCGCUAGCUAGAACCAUAUUAUAUAUAUAUAUAUAUAUUAUAUAUCUAGUCGGAUAACAUUUGAUUACCUACGUCGGUGAGUGUCUAGCCAAUCAAUCUAUACCCUAUAGGAACCAUAUAUACCACAAGGUUUUAUACUGAAUUUAUAAAAUUUUGGGUAAGGGCGCAGUGCGCAUCGAAAGGCCCCAUCAAAAGCAGCAACACCAAAACUCAAUAUAAACCAAGAAAAAUACCAUAAGCAAGUGUUUUUUUUGUCGCAAAUAAAUAAAUUUACAUAUUUACACAUAAAUGGAAAGAAGUUAAACAAAAGUAAUAUUAAAAUAAAGACUUGAAUUUCUCAAAGAAAUUAAUAUUUAUACAAGAACAAGCGAAGAAGUUUAAGAAUAACAAGAAAAAAACGGACUUCCAACGAUUUCAAAAUACGACGAAAUAUUUUUAGAGCAAGAACCCUGCAACAAGCUAUGAUAACAAAAACAAUGCAAAUCGGUUAACAAAAUAAUUGCCAAAUCUAUGUAUGAAUCAAAAACAAAACAAAUAAUACGGAAUUAAAGCAAACUUAAUGAGAAAUCAAACGUCGAGCUACAAGAAUUUAUACUGAAAAUAAAAACAAUGGAGUAAAGAAUUUGAGGAGAACCAAAAAAGGACAAGUGCAAAAAGCGGAUUUAGGGGAAAAGCGAGGGGAGAAUCGAGAUCGACAUAGAUCAGCUGUAAAGUGAUAUUUUAUAAAAACCGAAAAUAUCAGUUAAGGACAACGACUUAUAAGAUUGAGUGAAAACGAGCGAGCAAUCGAACAGCCAUCAUUUAUCAAGGAAAGGACACGGAUCACCAGCAAAAAAGGCAGAUUUUUUAACUGAAGAGGAAAAAGCAAACGGACGAGGCAAAAAGAAAUAGGACGGGAAGUAAACAAAAACCAAACACCACCAAAUAAAACCAACUACUAUAAAUUUAAAGCAAACAUAAACGAAUAAUCAUAUUCAAGCGGUAUAUAUACUUAUAUACAAGAGGAUAACGGAUAACACAACUAACUAUAUAUAUACGAUAUAUGAAUGUAUAUUUGAAAACCAAAGCUAAGUUCCAGUCAAAGAAAAAAACCAAAAACCAGCGCAAAUUUAGUAAAAGUAUAAUAAAAGGAAAACCAAAAUUAUUGCUAUCUUUUUGCAUUUUUGCAAUUUUAUAAAAAAUAACAAAGAAAACGAAAAAGAAUACCAAAAACAAAAAACUACAACUAAAGGUCAUAAUAAACUUUAACAUUCGGAGAAGCAAAAAAAAGGAAAAGUAAACACAUUUAGCAAAAUUUACUCUUUUAUCUAAACGAAAACCAAACAAAAAACACAAAUCAAAGUAAAACCUAAUUCAAGCAUAAAUAAAAUUUUAAACGUUUUAGACAGAGAACGCUCUAAACUUAACUUAAAAAAGCAAAUACAUUUUUUUCGCGAUCGUAGUUGAUCUAAAAACCCCCCAAAAAAAAUUAAAUAAACCAAGUAAGAUCGGCGGGAAAAAGCAGUUGUGCAAAGCGCAGUAGCAAAAAAAAAAAAAAAACUCAAAAGAUACCCCGACAAGCAGCCCCAUAACUUUUAAGCGAAAAGCAACCAAGCAGUGAGAUUAGCUACUAACCAAGAGGACUAAAUCAGGACAGGAUCAGGAUGACCAACGCCAUGGACAUAGUGAAGAACGGCAGUGCCAAUGGCUCCGUGGACGGCAGCAAUGAUGAGUCGCGCACCAAUUUGAUCGUCAACUAUCUGCCGCAAACCAUGACGCAGGAGGAGAUGCGAUCGCUCUUCUCCAGCAUCGGUGAGCUCGAGAGUUGCAAACUGGUGCGUGAUAAAGUCUCAGGUAAUUUGGUCUUGCCAGCAUCGUUGACCGCUCUCAACCCGGCACUGCAGCAAGGUCAGAGUCUGGGAUAUGGCUUUGUUAAUUACGUACGGGCCGAGGAUGCUGAGAAGGCUGUGAACACCCUGAACGGUCUGCGUUUGCAGAAUAAGGUUAUUAAAGUAUCAUACGCCCGUCCAAGCUCAGAAUCCAUUAAGGGUGCUAAUUUAUAUGUAUCGGGUCUUCCGAAAAAUCUAUCACAACCAGACUUGGAGGGGAUGUUUGCUUCGUUCGGCAAAAUAAUUACAUCUCGUAUACUCUGUGAUAAUAUUUCUGGUCUAUCGAAGGGCGUCGGUUUUAUCCGUUUCGAUCAGCGCAACGAAGCCGAGCGGGCCAUCCAGGAGCUGAAUGGCAAGACCCCGAAGGGCUACGCCGAACCGAUAACCGUUAAGUUCGCCAAUAAUCCGAGCAAUAGCGCCAAGGCCCAGAUCGCCCCGCCCCUCACCGCCUACUUAACUCCCCAGGCGGCAGCGGCCACCCGACGUUUGGCCGGAGCUCUGCCCUCCGCCGGUCGCAUAAGGUACUCACCGCUGGCUGGCGACCUAUUGGCCAACUCAAUCUUGCCGGGAAACGCAAUGACUGGAUCGGGAUGGUGUAUAUUCGUCUAUAACCUGGCCCCGGAAACCGAGGAGAAUGUGCUGUGGCAGCUGUUUGGUCCCUUCGGGGCCGUUCAGUCGGUGAAGGUGAUCCGGGAUCUGCAGACCAGCAAGUGCAAGGGAUUCGGAUUCGUGACCAUGACCAACUACGAUGAGGCCGUGGUGGCCAUACAGUCGUUGAACGGAUAUACCCUGGGCAAUCGGGUGCUGCAGGUCAGCUUUAAGACUAACAAGACCAAAACCACUUAGGCGAACCCGCCACUCUGGACUAGACCUUUCCAAUACUCCAUGAUCUGUUUGAUUUGACAACACCUAGACUAUAGAUCGUGCUGAUCUGAUAUGAUAUGAUCUAAUAUGAUAUGGGACAAUGACAGUGUAGUCGAAAUUGCGAAAAUUAGCGCGAGUUAUGAUAUGUCUAUCAUUUGAUUUGUACGCUAAACGAAAUUAUUAUGAUUGUAAUUCUAAUGAAAUCUUAGUGAAAAUUGAUUUAUUUCCAUCUGUAUAAUUUAAUUUUAUUAACUAAACCAAGAAACCAAAAAAAAAACAAAACAAACAAAAAAAAAAACAAAGCUUGAAUGAGGCAACCAAAAAACACAACACAGAAACUAAGGCAAACUUUAGAAAAAAGAUGAGCAAGACAACUGUCUAUAAAUUGACAAAUGAGAAUUAUGAGAAGUAAAUAUGGUCAAAGGAAAAACAAAACAAAAAACGAAAAAUAAAAAACUGCAAAAAUAUGAAUGAAAAUGAUCUAAGUCGCAAUAUAUAGUAACUAUUUUUUUUUUAAACUUAUGUAUAUGUAAUUCAAUUCGAUUAUAUUCAAUUAAACAAAGUAUUUAAACAAGCUAACCAAAUGAUUUAAUGUCUAUUGAUUUAAGAUUUACCAACAUAACUCUCUCAGCUUACCUAAGUACUUAUUAUAAUGGAUAUGCAUAAAUAUAUUGUAUUGUAUUGUAUUGUAUUUUGUGUUCGUUUCGCAACCUUACCUUACAUUACAUUACAUUACAUUAAUUCUAGUGCUAUUCAGCUCUUAUAUUUAAUUCGAUUCGCCAUGAUUUACACUCGAAGACGAAACGAAAAUCGAAGAUAAAGCCGCGAUAUAUUCUCCAAACGUAACAAGAAAAAACCCCAGCACCCAUACCCACUCACACGUAACCAUUAUUAUAUAUAUGUAACCAGAUUUAAUUACCUUUUUUUCGUCGUCUAAGAUUCGUAUUCGUAUUCGUCAAGUGCAAACCAAAGUAAAUGAAACCAAGAAAACUUAUUAUAUUAUAUUACAUUAUAUAUUAUUACGCCUACUUAUUAUUCCAUUUUUAUAAUUAUUAUAACUUAUUGAAUGCAACCAAGCGAAACCAAACAAAACCAAACAAAAAAAAACAUUACUACAACUAAAAAUAUAUAUUUAUUAUUAAAUAAAUGUGUGACUUAUUCCAAAAACUAUGCAAAAAAAAAGAAAAAAACACAAAAAACUAAAACACAAAAAAUUGUUUUCUUUUUUUCCUCAAAUAUCCACACACACACACCUAAAAUAGAGCUGGCAAGAUAUCGAUUGUUCUAUUGGUGGCAUCGAUUGUGUUUUUUAUAGACAACCCUCGAGGUUUUCUGUCAUAAUCGAUUAUAUGAUAUUGUUGACAAAUUCUUAGAACUAGAAUUCGAAUCUUUUGAAUAUUCGAAAAUCAGUUCGAUAUUCUCGAUGUUUUCGAUAACACCAUCUAUUUACUAUCGAUGCCUUGCCAGCUUUAAUCUCUACCCACCUGAAAAUUGGCAAUAUUGCAGGCAAAACGUUUUCACAGUUGAAGUGAUCAUUGAAUAAUUGGAUCGGAUCAAAGGUAUAUCGAAUUAUGGCCAGCAAAAAUCGGAACUUCAGCCGUGCAAAUCGCUCCACACCCAUAUCACACCGAACACACAACAACAGCACUCGCAUUUAUACAAAGAUCUUUAAAAUACAAACUAUGUUUCCACGCUCUCUAAGGUAUAACUAAGUUUUAACUAAGUUUUACGCCUAUAUAAAUAAAUAUCUAACCGAACACGAACUAUAUGUACGCGCAUCUAUAUAAAUUCCAUUUUGCAAUCCGAUAUUCUAGUUUUCAAAUCCGAGAUUAUUUAGUAGAGUCCACUAACAAUCAAUGUGUGUGUCUGUAGUUUAACUGAUGGCGAGAAAACCAAGUGGAGUUAUGAACAUUUUUUAGCAAGCAAAACUUUUUUUUGUGUAUUUAGGGCUUAAGGGUCAGGCCACAUCUACAUGGCAAUCGGCCAUGAGGCGAUAAAACACUACAAAAUAAUAAAUACAAGAAAAAAAAAAUAAAACUAACUUUAAACUAGGAAAAACCAAGGAAAACCAAACAAAAGCAAGCAACUGAAGUUAAGUGGAAGUUGCGAACGCAAAUUGAAAACACCAAAUUUUUAAAUAUAUAAUAUAAAUGAUGUAAAAUUUUUUAAACAAAGAUUUAUAGUAAAAUUUAUUAAAUAUAUAUAUACAUAUAUAUAUUUGUAUUAAGUAUGUAUAACGAUAUAUACAAAAUACACAUGGAUAAGAGAAUCACGAGAAACCACUACGGUAUCGCGAAAUUCAAAGGAAUAUGAGCAAAGUAAAAUGUGAAAUACAUUAAAAAAAUACCUAAAAUUACCUAAAAACGAGAGAUCAGCAGAAGACCGGAAGUCCUCGAAAGAGAACUGCACGCAAGCAGUACACUGCUUGUUGACAUAAGCAGUUCACAGUUGGGACUCAAAACGACAAAGAAAAACGAUCUUCAAACGAAUGCUGAUUCGUUUUACACUUCCCGGCGACUAGUUAACCUACUCAAUACUCAAUAUGGCAUAUGGAAUAAUCAAGUAAUCAAGUAAUAUCCGCAAAAUAACCGCCGCAACGCAGCUGCGCAGGCGCGUGUGUCAUUCACAAAAGCAAUAUGGAGAUGUGGCUCGAGUUGGCUGUUUUGACCCAUGCUGACUUACUACAUAUAUAUAUUUAUAUAUAUAUAUAUUGGAUGGAGGGAGGCGAACGGAACGCAGUUGUACAAAUCGCAACUCAGCGACUCGGUCACAUUUAUUCAUGGCACUUACGCCGCCACUUACAAUUUACCCAAAUAAAAAAAAAGAUCCAUAUUAACCGAAGCAUAUUAGUUUAAAGUCAGCUAAAUAAGAACCGAAAAACACACGCAGAUACAUGCAAACCACACACCGAUCAGUUGACAAAAGUUCUUCGAUAUUAAUUUUAGUCAAAAAAAAAAAAACAAAACAAAACCAAAAUAAACAGCAGAAUGCAAAACUAAAACUGAACCCAACAAUGAAAAUCAUCAACUAAGCAUGAAAUGCAUUUAAAAAUUAAAUACAACAAAUACAUAUUUAUAUAUAUAUAUAGAUGUACAUGUCUAUUUAUAUGGCCAGGAUAGCGAAAAUAUGGAAUUAUAGCCCCGUUAACAGAAUCGAAAACCGUAACAGAGCAACACCAAAACGAAGAAUUUGAAGAUAGAAAUCUCGUAAAAGACCCGAAAACGAAAGUGAAGCGUUUUAGCAACGCCUCCCGAAGCUACACCCGAAAAUCAACUUCCAACAUUUUUAUUGAUAUACACUAAAAUCUAGACACGUAAGACGAUUUCAUCGAUACCAAAAACCUAAGCUAAGACGACGAUUGCAUGCAUAUUAGCGAAUAUGAAACUUCAAUCUAGUGUGUAAGCAUCGAGAAAACAAGCGACAGAUUAUGCAAAAAUACAGAAAUAAGCGAAAAACAAGCCAAAAAGCGUUAAGAAACCAGAAAUACAAAAAAUAUUAUGGUCGCCUGAGGCAAAUGACACGGUAAGCAGUGCAAGCAGUCGAGGGACUUUUUACAAGCAGUUGGCACAACGGAAAUUGCUUUAGAUUUAAACAGAAAAAAAAAAUGUUGAAUUAUUUGCAAAAUUCAAGAAAUUAGUUUAAAAAAGUAAUAAAAACAAUAAGGACAAGACAAAAAAAAUAUACGUAGCCGCUUUGUCAGACGGAACGCGCCCAAACCAAACUAAUUAACUAAGUAAACAAAAAUAAAAGUAAAACAAAAAAUCGCAAGAAUAUUUAAAUCAAUUUUUUGCAUAAGAAAAUCGAUAACCGUUAUGCAUAUAUAUACAUACAUAUAUAUGUAAGCCAACUUUAUAUAUAUGUGUGUGCGCAAGAACAAAGAUCCAUGAAUCAAAACAAAAAAAAAAAUCAGAACUCAACUUCAAACUUAAUUACUUAUUAUCCAUUUGAUUGUGUAUGCUAAUUAUUAUUGUCUAUAGCGUAUCGUACAAAUAUUUAUAUACUUUUCGUGCAAAUCCAAGGGCAGCACCUAAUUAUGCAUUACCCUGCGAUCGUACUUAUCCAAUUAGUUAACCAUAUACCGCAUACCCAUGUACUUACCUUCUUUAUAUAUGUAUGCUUACUUACUCACAUUUCGAUAUUGUAUUCGUAGCCCCUGAGUAGAACUAUUUACAUUUUUUUGUACACCCUCCAAGUCACACGAUCCACAACCCAAACACCAACCAGCAGCUAAACAAUGCUCUAACUUAAUAAGUAAUAUAUAUUAGAGGCCAGCAUGAAUCUAAAGAGGUUUCGAUCAGAGUUAAAAACGCACAAAACCUUCUAACUUUUUAAGGGUUCGAGAAAGAGCGCGAAUUCUUCAGUUCCAGAACACUUUGUUCUCGAAAAAGAUUUCUUAUUGUUGAUAACUAAACAAUUACAAAAAAUCAAAAUUUAAAAUAUUUCUUCUAAUUUCAAAUUCUGAUUCAAAGCUCUUUCGAUUCCUGGGUCUCAAAUAAAUCUAAAUGGAUAGGCGCAUAUUUGUAUGUAUUUACCAUAAAUAUAGCUAACUUAACACAGACACAAACAGAUCACACUUACACCCACUCACACAGUAAAGGAAAUGAUACCGAGGUGACACAAAUUUAGAUGCAUAUUAUUAUAUAACUUAUAUUGGAAAACAAAAGCGAUAAGAUGAAAACGUAAAUUUUACUAUACUCGUACAUAUAAAUUAUAUGAAUGUAUGUAAAUUAUUAUUAUAUUUGUAUUUUAUUGUAUGAAUUAGUUUUGUUCUACGCUCUUUUGCUCUUUCAUAAACAAAAAAAAAAAAA